AUGUCCGCUGCGAUCCCUACUCCACGGCCGCCUGAGGGAUCUUGGAUGCUCAGGCCCGAGCGCAAGGCUGCAUGGGACUAUCUACACGAGGCAAUGGAGUGCAAGCGCUCUCGUCCUCCUGCGGACGCGUAUGACGAGUACACGCAAGGCGCUCCGGUGACUCACACUGCUAUACUCCGCUCACUAGAGCAGGUCUAUCUGCAUGCCCCUUCGGUCAAGGAUGCAGAUCUGGCGGACUUUCUAGGCUUCGUGGAAGCCAUCACAUUCUCUGUUGCCGAUCAUCACCGACUCGAAGAGGACUUCAUCUUCCCCAGAGUCAACGCCCUUACUCAGACUACCAUCUGGCAGCCGGUGUCAGACGAGCACGAACGCUUCAUUCCCCCAGUCUUUGCCUUAUGGCAUUAUGUACGUCACUGUCGCACCCUUCUUGGGGUUCCCCAGCCUUCAGAUAUCGCCGAACCAUGGGUCUCUCUCGACGCUAUCCCGACCGGUGUCCGAAACUGCCUCGACUUCACUUCGGAGAGCGAAUGGGACGGCGCAGCGGUACAGCGGCAUAUGGAGACGUUCAUGUUGGGCUUUGCACAGCAUAUCCCAUUCGAGGCAGAGUCAAGUGUUGCUGCCAAUCUGCGAAAGGCGACGGCGGAGGAUAUAGGGAAGCUUCUGGGCGAUCUCAAGAAGGAGUCGUUCAAGACCAUGAACCUACAUGUUCAGCUCCCUUUGGUAUGGACCCAUAACGAGAUGAGCGAUGUCAAGCAUUUCGUCGUUGAGCGGCCAUGGCUAAACCGGGGCCUUACAUGGUGGUUCGGGGGCCGUCAUGCCACAUGGUGGAAGUUCAGCGCCUAUCCUCAGAACCUCGCUUGA